AUGAAGGGAGCAGCAUUUACUUUUGACUUCCUCGCACAGAAAGAAGGCGCUGCCAACAAUGGCCCAUCAAACCCGCUCACAGGUCAAAAUGGCGCGGAUAGUGCAGUGCCCAAGGAGACAGUAAAAUCGUUUGCAUGGGUGGAAAACAUAGAAUCUAGGAUAUUAAAUGCGUUUGAUAGCGGAUGGGCGCUGUACCAGUACGAGGAGGUUCCGCUGUCAGGCGAAGCAUAUGUCCGCAGUGUUCGAGAAAGCAUUUCGUCUCGCAAAGAACUUCAGGGGACUGACCUGGUUCCUGGCAUCUACGAAGGUGGCUUGAAGGUCUGGGAGUGCAGUAUUGAUUUAUGCCGCUAUUUGGUGGAGAACGAUAUCGAUAUUGAAGGCCAUGUUUUGGAGUUGGGUUGCGGACAAGGGCUUCCCGGAUGUUGCAUGUUAAAGCGAAUAGCUGAAAGACUGUCUUCUGGGGAUCAGGAAAAGACAUCUCUAGUGGGCGGCACAGCUCCCUUUGGCGUAGUAUUUUCGGAUUACAACGAGUUUGUUUUGACAGACGUCACCAUUCCGAAUAUUGCCCUAAAUGUCCGGGAUAGCUUGGAGAGAACCAGGUUACAAAGCCUUUCUCAGUAUGUUACCAUGGGCUUCGGGGAUUGGAAUGCAAUGUCGGAGCAACUAUUGUCGAAGUCUUCCGCAUGUCCUCCAAACAUUCCACAAGAUGGACUUUUUGACAUGAUUUUGGCAGCCGAGACUACUUACUCGUCCCAGGCAGCAUCCGACACAGCAUUUUUGCUGGCAAAGCAUCUGAAGGUGAACACCGGUGUCGCCUUCAUUGCAACCAAGCGAUACUAUUUUGGUGUUGGCGGAGGAUCGGGCAGCUUCAAUGCUGCUUUGUCUUCAGUAUCUUUGCCAAAUGUGGAGUUCAAUGUUGAGACUCUCAUGGUGUUCGACAAUGGCGCUGGUAAUAUUCGGGAACUGUUGAAGGUGCAUGCUACUGCCGUUUGA